UUGAGCCCACAAGGCUAAAAUUAGUAGAAAUGUUAACAGACCGUAGAGAACUUCAUUGACAGGCUGGUUUAAAUAUUUCAACACACAAGUGCCAGCAGGAAUAACAUAACAAACAAAAGUGAAAAACUGUUUAAAAACUCUCAAAUGAAACAUUUCACACAUCACUGUCAGUCUGCCCACUCUGUGAUUGUUAUGAAAAGCAGCCCACCCGAUCAACCUGCACUGCAGCAUCCAGGUGUGGCACUCCUCGCCAAACAGUGGGAGGAAUCUAACACAGCAGGGGGUGGGGGCUCAACUUAAAGUGUCUUUACCUGCCUGUCAGUGUGACAGAGACCAAAAGGAGGCUUGACAGCACUGUAGUCCGACGGCGCUCACACAGCUGACCAACACUCAGGUAAGAUCACCACAUUGUGCAGGGAUAGAACUUGACAUGAUUUCUGACCUCAUACUCACUGAUUCUGCAGAUGGACUCAUUACAAAGUCAGAUUUGCUUUCAUUUUCUAUGCAUAAUGAAUUUGACCUGGAUAAUUGGAGCUAAAUCUCCUCUGAGGGUCACAAUAUGAGAUUUAAAGUGCAGGUCAAAAUGUUAACACCAGCUCAAAGAGGAUACAGCAGACACAGUCAGGUGGACAGGACACUGUGAACUCUGGCAGCAGUGAAUACAGAAUUCAUCUGCAAAUGCAUUAUUGCAAUAGUGUGUCAGGCUUAUGGUUAUUUUGAAAAUUAAAUGUUUUAACCACUAAAUAGACAUACAUUUUAUUAUCCAUGUACAAAAGAACGAGCUGUCUAGAGGGAUCAGUUUACAGCCAAUAAAUACUAAAAUGUCACAUUUACAGUCUGGGGGAGUUGAUUCCCUCCAGAAUGCAGCACAACAGGUUGUGUAUGAGAUUCUGGGGAAUCAGUAAACAGGUCUUGAGUCAUUUAUUGGACCAGUGUGGGAGAGCAACACUCGUACUGUGUGUCUUUAAAGUACAGAAAUACGUAACUGAAACUUGGGAUACAUUUUUCAUCUCUACAUCAUUUCAUCAGGUUAAACAUCCGAGGAAAUAUCAACACCAUGUCAAAAGGUAAGACACACUUUGAUCCAAUUUUGAUCAUUUUAACAAAGAAAUAUUUUGUGCAGACAUUCUUGGCACUCUAAAAUCAUUAACUGAACAUACGUGUGUUGUAGAUAUUGACAGAAGCAAGGUAUUUCAAACCACCAGGGUGCGGACAGCACUGAAGAACGACCUCAGCUGGAUCCACAGAUCAAAACAGGGAGAGCAAGAGAAAGCCAGGUAUACUCAUGUGUGGUAAUGCACCAUUGCAAAUGAAAGAAGAGGGCUUUUAAAGCAAUAUCAAUAUCAUGUAUGAGUAUAAGUCUGUUGUUUGAUGGGUUUCCUACAUUUUACUCUAAUUAUGAAAAAAUAACUUUUUUUCUUCACUUUUCCACUCACACAUCACAAAGUCUUUUUCUUUUUUUUAAAAUGGCACUGCAGAAUCAUCAUGACCGGUUUUGUCUCACAGGGUGGAUGAAGCUGUGGUGGAGACCAAACCCAAACCCAAAGCAGUCAGGCAGUCGUCAUAUGUCCUCUCUGCAUUGAAGAAAUUUGAGUGAGUGUCACUGAUUGAAUAUUCAGAGAUGUGAGUAAUGUUCUUUUAAAAGGAUCAAAGUGUCACUAAAAAUAUGGGUUUCUCUCCGGGAAACUGGAAAUGAGGCUCAGUGGAGUAAAAACACGUCAAAGUCUCGACAUAAUAUCGCUCAGAUUAGUGAGAAGCAGACUGGUUGGCUUGCUAGGUUUUGACUCAUUGAUGCAGAAAUGGGGCAGUGAGAUAUUUUAAAGCCCCACUUCACUUAUUAAAAAUCUCAUAACCACAAUCUUCUUGAAACAAAUGUCUGCACGCAAGAGAAAGACCUCCUGUGUUGAAACUGUUGAAUCUUGGCCUCAGAUUGAAUCCAUCCCUACAGCUGAAGUAACAAAGUUCGACCAGCAGAUGUCGCCAUUUUGACUAUAACAAGAGCUUAGAGUCCUGCACAAUUUUCAACCCAUUUUUUUUUAGGUAUUUAAUGAUUCAGGGGUAUUUUUUUAAGCAUCACAAGUAAGUGGUAAAAAUAUUCAGUUCAUAAGGUUUUAAAAGUCAAGUCAGCUAGUGAGUGUUCAAAAAUGCAUGUCUGAGAACCAAAAACUGGGACCAUGAUUUUUAGAAUCAAAUAGAAAGUCUUUUUAGACUUUGUGUCAGAACAAAACGAAAAACCUUAAAAGAGCUUCAGGCACACAAAUCACCAUAUGUGAUAUUAACAUACAUAAACAUGAAGUCAGCUCCGGGCUGCUUUGUUUCUUCCAUAAAGAGUUGAGGUGUGAUGCACGCUGACCUGUGCUUUAAAGACGUGUUCCUGUGGGAGGUUUUCCCCUGAAGGCUCAAAGGAACAUACAGCUGCUCUAGCACCUGCAUUUUUGCUCCUCAACACCUUUGGGGCCCUCUCAGCCAGCUUAAGAACAUUAUGAUUAAUAUCAGUACUGCACCAGAUCUGAGUGUUAUAGAAUUAAACCACUGAUUUUGAGUCAUGUGUUAGGGUUAGUCUCAUUUUUAUGCACAAAAAUCAUUUUAUGCAAAAAAAAGUCAUUAAUCUCUACCAAAAACAUAACCAGGGUCCUCUCUGCAAACUUGUAAACAAACAGAUGCUCUCUACACAUAAGUAUUUAUGCAUGCAGUAGUAUUUCCUCCCUACGUAUUGUUGCAGCUCUCCCUAUUGCAUCGAUAUUACAUCACAGAGUCCAGCCCUCUUCACUAAAUUAUUAAGCUUAUGGACACAUUUGUGCGGCAACAACAGUAACAAAAUACCUUUAUUCAGGCCUCUGUCCCUGAGAAAAUCCAUGUAGGAUCCAUUUUUCCACGUGACACAAGUACACACAUUCAUAACAAAGACACCAAAAUUAAAAAAUAAAAAACUCCUGUUGUCCUCAGUAGCAUUUUUUAAACAGACCACUCUUCUCGUGACAACUUAAUGGCCCGAGUAUAUCCAGGAUAUUUUAGAGAAGUUACAACAGAUUCUCUCCUGCGUGGUUUCAAAGACAUGGCAUCAUUUUCUCUUGUGUCAGUAUCAGAGAAAACACUGCUCACCCCUCUGAUCGCUCCGUGUUUCACAGCAUGACUGAACAACGCAAAGGAAAGAUCUCUAGCAAGUUAAAGGGUCUGUGUAAAUCUUCCUAAAAACCUACUUCUUGGAUUCUUGCCUUUGAUGAAUCAGGUGGUUUGAUAUCAUGUUGUCAUGUUAGCCGGAUGAGUUCAAACUUUAUAUAGAAAACAUCAUGCAACAUAUAGACACGCUCACUGCUUUCUAUUGAGAAUCUAUCAGAGCACAAACACAUCUUAGUCUGCAGUUAUUCUGCUACAUGUGACUUAGCUCAUCUAGCUGGCUGUUGCUGUUUAAAGAUAGCUUUUGAAUAAGUUAAUAUGCUUUACAGUAGUGAUUUCAAAGCUUUGAGGCGUGUGAUGAUGCCUGAAAAUCAAGCAUCUUGUGCCUCCUCACAGGCUUUACAAGGUUCAAAAGAAAAAAAAACAUUUUUUUCUAGAUUUCUGCACCUAAAAUCUAUAUAUUUGUUCCAAACUUUAAAAAAAGCGAGCAGCUGAAUCUUAGCUCAGCCUUGAGAAUCAGUGGCAUUAUUAUCACAACCUGUUUUCUUGAUGAGGCGACAAACAAACAGGCUCCUCCUCUACAUGGAGGAUGAGGAGUCGCUGCACAGUACUCAAGUAUGACUGACAGCUAUUCAGAGUUUCAAACAACUGAAUUAAUCUGCAUUCAUUUCUAUUCAGUUAAAUAUGCCAGUCUUUUUCCUUGACAGCUGUCUGAUGAUUCAUGGGCAGGAAAGAGUUAAGAGGAGGGUCCAGCAGCUGUAAUGUCUCCUAUACUGUGCAGGCCCUGUGCUGAGACAGACAGAGAGCCUUCAGCUGCUGAGUCAAUACCAUGUGAUGGCAUCAGAUGUCCAUCAUUUAUAGGAAAGUGGCUCAGUGGGUAAAUGCCACAUUUCCUAAAGCCUUCCUUCACAGUCCUCACUCCAUCCUCCUCCUCCACUAUCUGAUAGGCUCCUUUGAAUACACCAGAGAACUCUUUCUUGCUGACUGCAAAGUGAGUGUCUGUGGCACAUCCAUCGCCUAUGAGUGCUGCGAAACGCUGCUUCAGGAGGACAAAGAGACCUGCGUCGAGCGGCUGUAGGAUGUGGGAGCAGUGAGGCGGCAAGCAGAGAAGGAUGACAUCCUCUUUGCGAGCUGCUUCCACCACCUCCAGGUUCACAGGAGACUUGUGGCCAUCAAAGAUCAGCAGCAGGGGACGCUCCUUUGGCGCGCAGGGGAGGAAGUGUUUGAGGAACCAUUUCUUGAAAAGCUCAGAGUUGAUACACCCUGUGUCCGACCAGCCAUAGAGGGCAUCAGGAGGUCCUUGUGUUUUGUAACACACUCCUCCAGGGUAGGCCUUGGAGUAGAUGAUAAACGGGGGGAUGUCCUCUCCGGCUGCACUAAAGCAAGCCAGGACAGAGAUGUGGUCCCUCAGUCCUAAAGCUGGUUUGAGGCCCUGACUGGCAUAUUUAGGGAGAAUCACCCUCUUCCUGCCAAGCUGAAAACCUGUCUCAUUGCAGUUAAAGAUUUGUUGAGGUUUGUCUCUGAGCCCUCGGGCGUCCAUGACUGUGCUCAGUAAGUGAAAAAACUGAUCCACUGCUUCCUUCCUCACACAAACUGUUCUUCCUCGGACAACGUUGUCUGCCGGCUGUAUCGUUAUAUUCUUUUCUUGACGUUUUCUGAAAUUCAGCCACCAGGUCUGGCCUAGUUUGGAGAAUGCCACCUUGCGGUGCUGCCGCUUAUAAAUGGAUGAGGCAAAAGACACCAGCUGCUGCUUUGUCAUUGGAAAUCCAUGUCUGGACAUGUAUAAAGAGAACUCCACCAGCAGCUCCUCAUCUGCAGAAGUUAUUAGCUGAGCCGGCCCGCUGCGACACCCCGGCGUCACCCGUCCGCUGACUCUGUCCCCAAGAGAAGAUUUAGGGACUCCAAACUGCUUGGCUGCCUGUCUCACCGUGCAUCUCCCCGAUUUAACUUCAAUCAGAGCUCGCUCCAUGGCCUCCUCUGUCCAUUUCUUCUUCGUCUUCCUCCCAAUUUUGUCGAGACGGUUUCUUGAUGGCAUUUUUCUCUAGAAUGGUAAAGAAAAUACUGGCUUGAAUGGCAUGAUACACAAAAGCAACACUCCUCAUGAGGAUACACCAAAUUCAAAACCAAACAUAUUCAGUGCUUUAUGCUUUCUUUGGUAGUUUGCUUUUAGUUUGGCAGGCCUUUUUCCUCAAUGGUAAGAUCAUUACAUCAUUUUCUUGAUGUAUAAGUACAAUCUUCAAAAACUGCAGAACAAACCACCACACAGGAGACUCUCAGAAUUAUAACAUUUUAAUAAACAUCCAUCAGACCCUCUCAUAGGGUCUCAUAAUUGACCUCUCGCAGGGUAAUGAGAAGUAAAAGGGGAUUCUGGUGUCUUCCUCCAGUUAGAAAACAAAAACUAGUUUAUGCACAGUGUGGUUAUCAACCUUGUUUCACAUCAGGUCACACUUAUUGUAUUAGUUAAACAGAAAAAGAAUAAUGCAGUUUCUACAUCAGGAACACAAAAUCUACAUUAUCCUACAAAUAAAUGCGGGAUAACCCAGCUGAAGUUUAAUAGACAUGCAGUGAAUUUAAACCGGUUUAUACAUGUGCAACUUCUAAUUUAUUUCAUAAUGCUUUUUACCUCCAUCCAUAAGCAAGUUUAAAAAACCUUCUUAUUGUUGGCCUUUUUAACUAAGCAAGAGUUACUUGAAUGCAGAAGCAUCUCCAGACUUUUUGGACUGGGGUGGCCGAAACUGAACAAAUAUCAGACUGAAGAGUUUGGAAAGAGGCAGAUGUCCUUGGUAAAGCAGCAGCUGUUUGCAGUAAGCAAACAGAAAACCUGAAUUUUAACACGCUGGCUACAUGGCCAAAAUUUCUGUUCACCGAUCAAGGUAGCCUGGCACUAAGCACCAAGCCCCAGGCUCUGUUCCCACAGCAACAGCAGGGACAGCUGCCCCAGAAAGAGUCUCAGGUAUGGCAAAUAUCUGUGAAUACAUAUGGCCAAAAGUCACUAAGCUAUCACAUCAUCCAUCCAAAUUCAUCUGUAAAGAUGUGCGACUUUACAUUGUGCCUAAAAUCCUGGUUCCUGUGAAAUUAUCCUGAACUGUAGAGCCAACAUGAAGCACCAAGCCACUCAAAUUUCCCAAAACAAAACCUGCAUUGCAUGAAAAGUUAAGCUGUAACCCUGACCAGAGAGACUGUCAUGAUCAGCACAGUGAUGUGAGACUCUCACCUCUCCUUAUAUCAAGCUGGGAUGGAAUAUGAAAGUUUUUUUUGCGAACUGUAGUUUUGUAUGAAGUACUUAGUGGUUAAAAAAUCUGGCACUUUACUGCAUGAUAAAUACAAACUUACAAUGUCUAGUCUUAAAUCACAUCAUAUGGUUUCAAAGAUAGCAAUAUUAUCAUCUUUAUUCCACUGUCAUAUUACAUUUCUACCAUUUUUCCUGCUAAAAACAGACUCCUAAGCUGUGCCCCUGCUUGAUGGGAGUAUGUUAUACGCCUGGUGGUGUCUGCUCUCAAAAUGUUAUCUUGUAGCUGACUGACAGACUCAAGAGGCAUGCUCUAAAAAGCCAGCAGCAAUCUCUGGACAUUUCUAGAUGUUCCCAUGAAAAGUCACUUGAUUCAGUGAAGUUUUCUGUACUUGGAUGUGCUGAUCAUGGCAAUCUCACACUUACAAAUCAAACAUGACACUGUCUAUCGUCUCUAUCAUAGAUCCCCUAUAGAGUAUAGAAACAUGUUAAGAUACGAACCAGGUUUGUUGUCUCAAGAAGUCCUCGCACAUGAAUGAAGUGGGGGACAAAAGAUAGAUGUGCUGCCUGUGACCCUGCGCACCUCACGUUAGUUUGCGCACAAGGAUAAUGUGAAGCCGGAUGAUUUCAGGGAAUAAAUCAGCAUUCAAGCGCAAAUAAAGCGUAGAUUUUAAACCUGGGUCCCCUUGUUAAUGUAUGUCAAAUGAGACAGGCAGAAUCGUGUAAUUACAUUUUCCUACCGCUGCACAUGGACCUGUUUCUCAGCAACUUGCUAACGCAGCCUCACAACGCAAGAAAAAGGAGGAAGUGAACCGGAAAUCAAGCGACGCUCUCGUCAAAGUAAAAGUCUUGAAGUUCCUGUUGACAAUAAGUUUCCAAUUUUAAGGCAUUAAAUAUCACUAGAAGGGCUCUGUAUUAAUGGUUUCACUUCCCUAAAACUAUCACCUUACAUGAAACUGCACUCAUUUACCCUUUUUGGGUGGUUCUGGGUAUAUUUGGUGUCAAAUAUAACCCAAUAAAAUCAUUUCACCUACUGACAGGCAAAUUUGAUUACCAGUCACUCAAAAACUGAAACCCUCACAUGUUCUAUUCUUAGAUAGAUAGAUAGAUAGAUAGAUAGAUAGAUAGAUAGAUAGAUAGAUAGAUAGAUAGAUAGAUAGAUAGAUAGAUAGAUAGAUAGAUAGAUAGAUAGAUCACUGCAGACAUAAUUGACUCUUCACCCAUAUACACUUUUACUAAUGUCUUGCUUUCAUAACGAAUGCGAGUCACAAACUGGGAUCAUACUGACCCAUGCAAAACAGGGUCAUUUUAUUUUCAAGCUCCGCCUUACUUCAGUGUUGCACUGUCAUUGUCAGCAUUUGUUAUACAGUAUUUGUCGACAUUUUUGGCUCUAUUUCUCAACUUUUUUUUUACCACUCAGCUUAUAUGCUUGUGCCCUAUAUGCUUCAUUUGCUGUGCUCAUCCUAGUCUAAUGCAUGACUCACUUUCUAUUAGAGCCUGUCAUUCUCCCAAAAAGAUGACACUCCUUCAAAUGUAGUGUCGUGGAGAAUUUGGCUUUGAUGGGAAGUUUAUACCUGAGGUGAUGAAAUUCUUCAGUGCUUGUGAAAAUUUUAAUUAGAAAGACACAAAUCUCCUCUGUUUUGUAGUCUUCUCUGGGGUUGUUCAUGCCAAGGUUCUUUCCAAGGUUGACUCUCUAUUCUUACGCUGCUACAAUCCGACUCCUCGCCAAAGACAGGGUUUGUUCGAUCUAAAAGUCUGUAUAUGUUUUGAAUUUUAAUGACACACAAACGGUGCAAACUCUCAGCAACUUAUCAUCAGGCCUCUGAAAAUCCACUUGUUUCAAGGUUGAUCAUCUAAACCAAAUAUUGAAUGUUUGCCAUACGUACGUAUUUUGCAAAUUCAAUAUUUUCUGUUCUUCAUUGCAGUGGAUCAGCUAAUCAGGCAAACAGUGAAGUUAUUCAACCCCAAAAAGAUGCUCAGCCUGAGGGAUCAACAGUAGAGAGCAAAGAUGAUACAAAGUAAGUUUUUAUGAUUUUACUUCUCUCACUCUUGGAUGAAACUACAAAUAACAUGAAGAUCCUGAGUGCACAGGUUAUUCUUCAUGUCUCCCCCCCCCCCCCCAGAACUCAAAAUGAGUAACUCUUCUGUGUUUCAGGCCCACAGCAGCAACUGAACAGCCUACCCAGAAAGAAGAGGCCCCACAAGAAACAUCUGUCAGCAACACAGAAAUUAAAGGGGUCAACGUAGAUGCAGCAGUUGAACAGAUUGAAGCUGCUGCUGAAGUAGCUACAGAUGGUCUUGCAGAAGAAAGCAUCAAGAAUGGUGAGGCACAACCAGAGGUGUCCGUCACUAACACAGAAAUUAAGGAGGCAGAUGCAGCAGCUGAGCAGAUAAAUGGCGAGCAGAUUGUAGCUGCUGCCGCUGAAGUAGCCACAGAAGUUCAUGCAGAAGAAAGCAUCCAAAAUGGUGAAGCACAGCCAGAAGUAUCAGUCACUACUACAGAAAUUAAGGUGGCAGAGGCAGCAGUUGAGCAGAUAAAUGGAGAGCACAUUGAGGCAGCUGUGGAGGUGGUCACAGAAGGUCUUGCAGAAGAAAAAAGCAUCCAAAAUUGUGAAGUACAACCAGUACCUUCUACAGAAGAUCCACCUGUGCCACAGACUGUGGACACAAUUGCAGAAAUCAAGGGAGAAAUUGCAAAUACAACUGCUGAUGAUGCUAAGAUCUCCUCAGAUGUUAGUGCAGAAGCUCCUGUCUCAGAAACUUCUGCUGUAGAGGAAGUCAAAGAUGCAGUUGAAGCCGCUGUUGCUCCUCUGGUGGUUGAAUCAAAACCUCAAGAGGAACCUCCAAGAGAACCUGAGCCAGCUAAAACGACAACUGUAGAGGAUGCAGGAGUAGAACCCACUGCUGCGUCUACAGAGGAGAACAGUCCUCCAGAGCAAGCUGCAGAAGAAAUCAUCAAAACUGUCACUGAGGUUGCAGUAGAGCAAACACCUGACCAGACUAAAGUGACUGAUGCAACAACAGGGGAGGAGGCUGCUGCCCAAAAGAGUGUUGAAACAGUUGCUGAGUUAUCGGCACAAUCUGCCUCUGAGGUGCCGACUCAGGCAGCUGUAGAAGCUGCUACUGAGGUGAGCUCUGAGGAAGGUGUCAAAGAGGCUGCAGAGGAAACUGUGAAAGCUGUUGAGGCUGUGGCUGAAGUUGCAGUGGAGUCAGUGCCUGAAACUCCUGAUGUGACUGAAACUGCAGGAGAAGUUGCUCCUCAGAGUCAUGUUGAACCGGUGCCCGACAUAGUUGCAGAUACUGUGUCUGUUUUGUCAAGUCAAGCAGCUCCUGAAACUGAAACCAAGUCUGUGGAGAGUGAGGUCGAGUCUGCUGCCUCAGUAGAGCCAGUUUUAAAGACCACUGUUGUAGAAGCAGUAGCGAGUGAAGUCCAGCCUGUUGUCGAGUCAACACCCGAGAGUGCUGCUGAACCUGUGGUGGAGACUGUCGAACCCAUAUCAGCUCCAGAUGCUGAAGACGACCAAGAUAAGAUCACCUACAGAGUGAUUGAAAUAACAGAUGCGUUAGAUGAGGAGACACCUACUGAAGAAGCUGCUCCUGAAUCUCUGCCUGAUCCAAAGGAAACCCACACAGAAGAGACAAAGCUGAUCCAAGAGUCCAAGGAGACCAAAGAGUGAGUACACAAGAACUAAAAACCAGAACCUCUAAACUGUUCAUAUGCUAUCAAUAAUUUCUUGCUUGUGUCUUUUAUUUUGUAGCCCUGAAAUAUCACAACAGUCUGUGGUGGAGCAGCGGUACAUACUGAAAGAAACCAGGUAAUUUCUCAUUUUUAAGAAAACACUGUUAGAAUUCAUAAUUCUAAAUCAUGGUGCAAUAACAAAUGCAUUAACAAAUAUGAAAUAGGAAAUUUUUCGUUUGCAAUAAUUCACAGGACAAGUUUAUGCAUGUUUUUUUAUAUAUAUAGUCUAUAUGGACUAUAUAUAAAGGAUUAUAAUGAAAGACUACCACAUAUAAAAGACCAGACUUUAUGUAUAUAGUCUGUGUUUUAUAUAUAGUCUCUGUAUUCUUUUUUGUCAAAUUAUCUCUUUUUACAGUAAGGAGGGGCUUCAUUUUUAUUUGGUAUUUAACUAUGAUGUAUUCAUUUAUUUAUGUAACAAAUAACAAAUAACCAUUGCUUCCCUCCCCCUUCACAGAAAAUGAGAAUAUUUUCAAUAUAAUGUUCAAGUUUUAUUGUCCGGGGGAGUAAAGCCUGGUCGAUGUUUAAUACUCACCUAGACAUAUCUAUGUCUGGAACUUAGCUGGUAGAGUUUGGUGGCGAGAAUUAACAUAGGAAGCUUAAAUUAUUUCUUUUAAUAAUUGUCUUUCACUUUCAUUUCAAUUUAUUAUCUCAUCACUCCGGAUCCUGAAAAUGUUGUCUUGAACAAGAAAAAAAAUCAUAUAAAGAAGAUCUUUAUUCCAGUUAUUUGUUCCCACAACAAGAGCCACAACUUUACGACAGUAGACGAUGGUGCUCAUAGAAGGUCUAUUCCUUUUCCAUCAGCAGAGGUCACCAGAAUCAAUACAACAUUAAAUUUCUUUUCAGUGCCUUUAAAUGCAAUAAAAAUCUCUGCUAUGAGAGCAUAGUGGAGACUGUGCAAAGUAGAGUCUGUAAGUCAAAAAUGCUCUUUUUGACAUAGGUGGAAAGUCUAUGCACAAAGGUGAUAUUCUUUGUAACACUCUCUCCUGCAGUGAUGGCAUACCAUUCUGUUCAUUCUGCGACCAACUGAUCGAUGGAAAUGUGAAGAUUUCAUUCAGUGAACCUCUGGUGAGGUGCCACCCUGACUGUCUGAAGGUUUGUUCUUCUUUUUCACCGUAUAUAUCUGUGACCGUGUGCUGAAUCUGACAGGCUCAUGUCAUUGCAUAAUGUUAACACUGAGCCUGUUUAUUUUCUUCUUUCUGCAGUGUGGCGUGUGUGCGAAGGCCCUGGGAGAUUUGUUGACCCCCAUGUUUUUGCAUAACCAAGUGAUCCAAUGUGAUGGCUGCUUUGCAAAAACUAUCAAGACCUAAAGCCUAACUGGGACAAAUAUGUCAUCAGUGAAGACCCAAAGCGUUCUGUGAUUAAUGUGUUGUUUGGACUGAGAAACUCACCCCUGCUGCCUUUACUCUGUUUCCUCUCUGAGAGGUUUUCUUUUUUUAGGAUUUGCUGCAUUAUCAGGGGAGAGGGUUCUUUGAUUAAAGAUUUGCUUUGAAUACUUUGACAUGAAAAUGUUUUGUUAUAAUAUCAUGUGUAUGUCUAAAAUAAAAUC